GCCACUGGGUGACAAAGCACCUCAGCAGGUGCCGGGCGGCGGCCGGACCGAGGGAAGCCACCCCGACCCCAGCCCUCCCAGCUCCGGUGACGGCAGCCGGUCCCGUGGUCUCACCGUGGGCGCCUGCGCGGCGCUCCUCCUCCUCUCGCCGGCGGCGGCCGCUGUCAGGAUGAGGCGGAGGCGGCGGAGGUCUGGGCCGGCAGCUCUCGACUCUCGCCGGGGCCCCCUGGCGUAGCGGUUCCCGCUCCGACGCCGCGGCUGGAGGCGGAGGAGGCCGAGGCGGCGCCGCCCGCCCUCCGCAGCCAUGGCCCAGCCCGGCCCGAGCCCUCCAACGGACGUUGCUCUUCUACAACGGGUAGCUGAAUUGGAAAAGGUCAAUGCAGAAUUUCUGCGCACAAAGCAGCAGCUUGAGCAAGAAUUUAAUCAAAAGAGAGCAAAAUUUAAGGAGUUAUACCUGGCUAAAGAGGAGGACCUGAAAAGACAAAAUGCAGUGCUGCAAGCAGCCCAAGAUGAUCUGGGACAACUGCGGACCCAGCUGAUGGAGGCUCAUGCUGAAAUGGAGAACAUCAAAGCUAUCGCUACAGUGUCUGAGAACACAAAGCAGGAAGCUAUCGAUGAGGUGAAGAGACAGUGGCAAGAAGAAGUAGCUUCAUUACAAGCUAUUAUGAAAGAGACUGUUCGUGACUAUGAGCUCCAGUAUCAUCACAGGAUGGAGCAGGAGCGAGCUCAGUGGAAUCAAUAUCGAGAAAAUGUGGAACGGGAAAUAGCAGAGUUAAGAAGGAGACUAUCUGAAGGUCAAGAGGAAGAAAACCUAGAAAAUGAAAUGAAAAAGGCCCAGGAAGAUGCUGAGAAGCUGCGUUCAGUUGUGAUGCCCAUGGAGAAGGAGAUUGCAGCGCUAAAGGAAAAAUUGACAGGAGCUGAAGAAAAAAUCAAAGAGUUAGAAGCAUCAAAGGUUAAAGAACUGAACCAUUAUUUGGAAGCUGAGAAGUCAUGUAGGACAGACUUGGAGAUGUAUGUGGCUGUUCUCAACACACAAAAAUCAGUCCUGCAAGAAGAUGCAGAGAAGUUACGGAAAGAACUGCAUGAAGUCUGCCAUCUCUUAGAGCAAGAGCGACAGCAGCACAACCAGUUGAAACACACAUGGCAAAAAGCCAAUGACCAGUUCUUGGAGUCUCAACGUUUGCUGAUGAGGGACAUGCAACGUAUGGAAAUUGUUCUGACCUCUGAGCAGCUCCGACAAGUAGAAGAACUGAAAAAAAAGGAUCAGGAAGAAGAUGAUCAGCAAAGGCUUAGCAAGAGAAAGGAGCAGAAGCAAAAAGAUUCAGAUGAUGAAACAAAAGCUUCAUGUUCUCUCGCCCAGGAGGAAACACUCACCCAGCUGUCUAAUGAAGAGGUGCAGGUAAAUAGCACCCAUGGCUCAGUCCAUUCAUUGGAUGCAGACUUGCUUCUUUCUUCUGGUGAAUCUUUCAAUAAAUCAGAUAAUGAUAUGUUUAAAGAUGGACUACGGAGAGCACAGUCAACAGACAGUCUGGGGACAUCUGGGUCUUUACAGUCCAAAGCUUUAGGAUACAACAACAAAGCAAAAUCUGCUGGGAACCUGGAUGAGUCGGAUUUUGGACCACUUGUUGGAGCAGAUUCAGUGUCUGAGAACUUUGAUACAGCUUCCCUUGGAUCUCUGCAAAUGCCAAGUGGGUUCAUGUUAACCAAAGAUCAGGAAAAAGCAAUCAAAGCAAUGACACCAGAACAAGAAGAGACUGCUUCGCUGCUUUCCAGUGUUACACAGGGCGUAGAAAGUGCUUAUGUAUCUCCUAGUGGUUACCGCUUGGUUAGUGAGACAGAGUGGAACCUGUUGCAGAAGGAGGUGCAGAACGCAGGGAACAAGCUGGGUAGACGCUGUGAUAUGUGCUCCAAUUAUGAGAAGCAGUUGCAAGGUAUCCAGAUUCAGGAGGCCGAGACAAGAGACCAGGUGAAAAAGCUGCAGGUGAUGCUGAGGCAAGCCAAUGACCAGCUGGAAAAGACAAUGAAAGACAAACAAGAACUGGAGGAUUACAUGAAACAAAGUGCUGAAGACUCCUCUAACCAGAUCUCUUUGCUUAUGGCUAAAUGUCAGAAGUCAGAGAACCUCCUCAAUGAACUGCAGCAGGCGUUUUCACAAGCGAAGAGAAGUGUCCAGGAGCAAAUGGCUGUCCUGACACAGUCGAGGGAGCAGGUUUCAGAAGAGUUGGUGAGACUGCAAAAAGAUAAUGAAAGUCUUCAAGGAAAACAUAGCUUGCAUGUGUCCUUACAGCAAGCUGAAGAUUUCAUUCUACCAGAAGCAGCAGAGGAGCUCCGUGAGCUGAUUUUAAAGUACCGUGAAGACAUCAUCAGUGUGCGGACAGCAGCAGAUCACCUUGAGGAGAAGCUGAAGGCAGAGAUUUUAUUCUUAAAAGAACAGAUUCAAGCUGAGCAGUAUUUGAAAGAAAACAUAGAAGAAACUCUGCAGCUGGAAAUCGAGAAUUGCAAAGAGGAAAUAGCUUCCAUUUCCAGUUUAAAAGCUGAACUGGAAAGAAUAAAAGUGGAAAAGGAGCAGUUGGAAAGUUCUUCGCAGGAGAACAUGCAGCAGCUGGAGAGUCUGCAGGAAGCAAAAACCACUCUAGAAGAACAGCUGAAGAAGGAGACAGCAGCAAAGGCAAACCUGGAACAGCUGGUAUUUGAAGAGAAGAAUAAAGCUCAACGGUUGCAGACUGAAUUAGAUGUCAGUGAGCAAGUGCAGAGAGAUUUUGUAAAGCUUUCUCAGACGCUUCAGGUGCAGCUGGAGCGGAUCCGGCAGGCAGAUUCCCUGGAGAGAAUCCGUGCAAUCCUGAACGACACAAAACUGACGGACAUUAAUCAGCUUCCUGAAACAUGACACCCUGAUGAGCGGGCUCCAAGGCUGCGUUUGGGGUUUUUAACUCAUCUUUAUAGCAACAUUAAUUAUUAUUUAACUCUAACCGAAAGAGCAGAAGACAACAGAGGGGAGCAAUGACUUAAGUUUUGUUUCUAGAGGGGGAAAAAGGUUUUGUACUGGGCAGGAAGAGAGCACAAGGGUGACUUGCAGUGUAGGAAGGAGAACUUUCUAAUGGAAACACUAAUGCGUGUGGUGUUUCGCGUUCCACUGAGUGGGAUCAGUCCUUACAUUCUGAAAACCUUCUCCUUUCAGCCGACUCCAUAACCUAAUAUAGAGUUUUGGAACAUUUACCCCUUUGUCUUUUCCCUCUUUCCUUUCCCCCCACUACUGUGAUCAAAGUAGCUGCUGGAAACCAUAUUGUCCCUCCAAAAUAUUGAAGAGCAAAGUGGUUGAAGUUUUUCUGUUUGACUAGUCGGUAACAGUAUUCAGCUAGCAGAGAGAAUGAGGUGUAGAGUAUGCUGUAUGAAUAUUUUAUAUUAAAAUAUGACUUUAUUAGCAGGACACUGGAUAUUGAUCUUAUUUCAUAACUCAGUACUAUCCCCCCCCCCCCCUUUUUUUUUUCCUUUUUAAACCAUUGACCUUUGUGUUGAAGAACCUGAAUGCUGCUGGGAUGUGAUGGAUACGAGCGAGCUGUGUCUCCUAAACAGAACAAUGCUAAUCCAAAAAACAAAUGAUGACAAAUGUACUGAGAAUUUAGCUCCUUGACGUUUUUUCUGUUGAAUUCUGAUACUUAAAAGAAAAGCACAAGAAAUGCACUGUUUUGUAAUCUCUUUUCACAACUGUAAUUUAGAAUGUGGAACUACAACUGGUUCUUUUUCAUCUCUUAAAGCUGAGCAGUACCUGUAAUCGCUUUGCUAUGUAAGAAACAAAGCUAGUACAGACCCUAUGCAUUGUCUGAGCUUUGGCAUGGGGUCGCUGCAGGCUGGCUCUGCUCCCAUGGGUGACACCAGAUGUGAGGUUGGUGGCUUUCGCUGGGCAGCAGCAAGGUAAGGAGCUGAAUGAGGCAUCAGCCUGGCCCACCACCUCUCCUGGGUCAGCCUGGCAUGCGCUGAACGGUGACUGCACUCUGGGUCACAGAGCACAAGUGUGGAGGAGCUGUGUUACUCUGCUGGGUCAAGUUGGACAGGUACCGUGCAUCUCUAAAGUAUGGCAUUGCUCAGAGCUGACUGUCCCGUAUUCUUAUAACUGUACAUCUAAAUUACAGCGAAGGCAAGAAGUUCUUGUGAUCCAGUGGGUGGUAGGUUUGGAUUUCUUGUUCUAUAGAUGCAUGGUGGUGGCAUGACCAUUAUUAACCUGACCAUUCCUCCUCCCUUUGUCACAGCAGGGCUGUGCCCACAGCUGGCAAGCAGCAGUUUCAGGUGUGACUACAGGUGUUGAUGGUGCUGGUGGUGCUUAGGGAGUUCUUGAACUGGCCCCUACUUGCCACUCAUUGAAGGAAAGGAGGCCAAAGGAGCAGGUUGCUGCUGUCCAACAUUUGUAUUGCAACUUUCCCCUUUUGCUUAUUGUUCUUUCUUUACAUACUUGGCCAUAGAUCUGAAGGUGAUGAAGAAAACGAGAAGUGACACAAAAUGCUUCAGACUAUAAUGUACAUGACUGUAUUUUAAGUGCUUAAAUCCUAUUUUUAGUAGCGUAUAUCUUGCUAUUAACAGAACCAGUGGUUUUGAAGACGAAUGCCUUAAACCAGCCCAAAAGACACAUAUAAGCUCAAUUGCUUGUCACUCAUUGCAAGAAUUUAAGCAUUUUAUUCACCCUGGCAACUAAUUCCUUUCAUAAUCCUGACAUCCAAGAGUCAUUUUUCCUACCUUAGUAAUGACAAGACUAAUAGAUGGCAGGGUUGUCAUCUUAAAAUGACACUUAAUGCCUGCAUAUGGCUCAGGUUCUUUAUUAAUUGGCUAUUACCACGAUUUCUUUAACCUUUCUCACUACUUGCUGAAAGGUGAGGUGACAGCAGCUGUGUCCUGAUGCACAGAUCUGAUACCAGAUGUUUUGCAUUCAGUUUUCUGACAGUUCCGUUCUGUUGAGUAAACUUUGGAGAAAAAUCCUACAGGCCUUUAUGAGGAGCUGCAGAAACAAGAGCUUUUUCUGUUCCCUUUCUUCCCAAAAACUAACUCGUAACCAUUACUGGUACCUGUGCAGCAGUGUUUAUUUAAGGAAGCCUUAAGUGUUGUAUAGCAAAACUACACCAAAUCCUGUACAGCUCUUCAGCAAGCUGGAUGUGAGGAACUGCACCCUGAAGACUUAUGCAGAAAAAGAGAUUUUGGUUGAGUUUCUGGCCAUGCUCCUAGAGCAGGAGAGCAAGGGAAGUGGCUGGUCACUGCCUUUCAGCAUCCCUUCCUGGCUCUUGUGUCCGUGCCCAUCCUCAGCAGCCCUGCCCCAACAACAGGGAUCAGAGCUGACCAGUUUAGGUUGUUUCAACCAGUCCAGGCCUGGUGUGGCUUUCCCUGAGUGCAUUUCACAGCUUGGUGACAUGGCUUUCCAUAGGUGCAGCAGUGUCAGCCUUCUGCUGGUGGCUGCAGGGUUGCAUUGGGUCUCUGCAACCCAGUGGGGCAGACAGGCACAUGCCAAUCAGUUUGUCAUUUUGGGGAGACACAGUAACAAGUACAGUGGUUGCCCAAUGGUGUUCUGUAUGUGUGUGUGUUGCUCUUCAUGCUCCGGUGCUGGUCUCAGGGGCCAGUGCUAGCCGGUUGGUCUGGUUAGAGGAGGCUGGAGGCACUGGUAGGGCUGCAGUGCUGAUAAGAGCACUGGUAAACACUGGUAAACCAGGCACUGCACGAGUCUGUGAAGGACCUUCCUCUUGGUUGGAGAGGAAGGGUGUACAAGAACUGUACGGUUGUUUCCUUUUACCCCCCAUAUUCCAUCACACACCUGAACAUCUUUCCUCCUGUUUAAGGCCUAGCUGUGACCAUGUUAGAGCUGGAACGUGAGCGACCCUUUUUACCAACAGCUGCAACUUAAGAUUGUACCUUUCUAACAGUUUCUGAUUGGAAACCUGCCUGUUCACAGGGGCAGUGGGAGCCGUGCUCACUGCAAAGCUGUCCUGCCCCAGAGGGGCUCUCCCUCCCCAGGAAGGGGAGAACAGCUUCAGAAGCAGCAACUCAAGAGACUUAAAAGGGCCUUUAAAAACAAAAUAGCAUGUGCCAAACUUGCAAAGCAAAGUUAAGAGACUGUAAAUUAAGUGUAGUGAAAGCUCGUGGUGUAGAUACUCACUGGGUGGAUUAUGGUGUUACUGCUCAUAAAACAUCAGAACACAAAUGCUUUUCCCUCCAGUUCUUGGUGUUCUGGAGCAUGAUCUGAGUAGGGUGGUGGGUUCUUUGCGGUUAGUAAGAGAUUCUCAACAGGCACUGCUGACCAGGCAGGUCAGCCACAACACACAGGGUGAGUGGCCUAGAAAACUGGAUGCUGUUCCUGCAGACUGUAAAGGGAUGAGAUCAAGUUUUGAAUGCAUUCCUCUACUUGUAUAGUCUUAAUCUGUACAAAAACCCAAGUGUUCUUGCAGCAUGCCUGGUACCCUCGUUACCCAGCAGGUACUAGCAGCCCCCUUCCUUCAGCUUUACUGGGGCACCUCUUGCUGUGCCACUUUCGUAGCAGUGCAGUACUACUUUUCAAAACUGAGCUUGACCAUGUCACCUUUUCUAAGGGGUUGGGGUGAGUGGACAGCAAUUAUUUAUUGUCCACUGACAUUUGCCUACAGAAGGGAAAUAAUUGACUUACUGUCAGUUAAGACUUUGGAGCCAUCUUUUGCUAAGGGCAAACUGAGUGUUUGGAAGUUACUACUGCAUUCCGGUGAGCCACGCCAUUGGUGUCCCGUGCAAUCGUGGGUGUAGAGUUCUGCUGUCCUCAGGAUUCGUGUGUAACCAUUUGUUAACUGUAUUGAAGGUGUGUCCUUUAUGAAGAAAGUGUUCCAAAUUAAAAAGAGCUGCUGAAGUGU